UCAACGAUUUAAAAUCUGAUGCUCGUCGAGCUGUUCAGUCUCCACAUUGACCAAAGUUACAUUUAACUAGUAAAGCAGUUUCUGUUGAACUUUUCUUGCUGACUCAUCGUGAGCUGUAUCACGGCCGUUAAUUAUAAAACUACAUUAUUUUUUAAACGAGUUUAUUAAGUCGCCGAGGGAACCAGUAAAGACGUCAAACUGCCAGAAGGAAGCUAGACUGUGACCCUCAUGGAGCUGAGGGCUCAAUCUGCACAGUGAUGAAUGCUGGCAGGUUAGGGCUGAAGGUGAAGAGAGUUUCCUCCAGGAAGAGGUCGAGGGACAGCCUGAAGACUCACCUGACACCUGCCAGGAAGAGAGGAGGGGGUCCCUGUCCUCAGCAAUGUCCCCCAGCCUGCAGGCUCAGCAGCAUCAUGGCUGACGAACAGGCUGCUGAGUUCUGCAGCGACAAUGAGGACCUGUUUGGGGACUAUGACAGCAUCCUGGAGGACAGCUCUCUGCUCGCCAAGCUGGACGAUGCGGAGCAGAAGGAGAGGCAGCGUGACGUCCAGCCUUCAGGGCACACGGACUUCACCGGGCUGCGGCCGACGAAGGACGUCAAACAGAACAAAUCCUGCACGGACGAUGUUCUCACCGACUCGAUCCUGGACGACCUCGCAGACGAACCCUUCGACGAUUUGCCCGCCAGCCUGCUUCAGUUUCAGGAGCAGGUCAAAGAGAGCGUGAAGAGGAGCAGACCGCAGGACGGAGGCAAAACCUCCACGCCUUUUAAAAACUCUGACAGGAUCACGGAGGACAAACCGAGGAGGAAGUCGAGGAGGAGCGUGGCCGACCAGCUGAAGAAGACGAUGCUGUGUAACGCCGCUGCUCCCUCCAGCGUUUCUCGCACCGUGGGGUUGAAGGAGGCCGUGGUCUCCGAGGAGAUCAGCGUCGCCAUGCAGGCCAUGGAGACGGUUUCUGCAGAGACCACUGACCUCGGCCCGUUCUUUGGACUCCCGACCAAAGUAAAAGACCUGAUGUUCAAACUGAGAGGAAUCAAGACGCUAUAUGACUGGCAGACGACGUGUCUGAACCUGGACUGUGUUCAGCAGAGGACCAACCUGAUCUACUCUCUCCCCACCAGUGGAGGGAAAACUCUGGUUGCAGAGAUCCUCAUCCUCAGAGAGCUGCUGUGCAGGAAGAAGGACUGUCUGUUCAUCUUACCGUACAUUUCUCUGGUGCAGGAGAAGGUACGUGGGUUGGCGAGCUUCGGCCUGGAGCUGGACUUCAUGGUGGAGGAGUACGCGGGCAGUAAGGGAAAGUUUCCUCCGACGAAAAGAAGAAACAAAACAUCCCUUUACGUCGCUACGAUCGAGAAAGCACACAGCCUCGUCAACUCUCUGAUAGAAAGCAGCAGGAUCGGGAACCUCGGGCUGGUCGUGGUCGAUGAGCUUCACAUGUUGGGUGAUGGCAGCCGAGGAGCUAUCAUCGAAAUGACGCUCGCCAAAGUUCUCUACAUGAGCAAAUCGACUCAGAUCAUUGGAAUGAGCGCCACUCUGGGAAACAUCAACGACCUGCAGACAUUUCUGAGGGCUGAAAACUACACCAACGACUUCAGGCCUGUGCAGCUGAAGGAGUACGUCAAACUGAAUGAUACCAUCUAUGAGGUGGACCCAAAGGAGGAGAACUGUUUCAGAUUCUCACGUCCUCUAAACUUUAAAUACUCGAGUGCGAUGCAGAAAAUGGACCCGGAUCACAUCAUCGCUCUGGUGACUGAAGUCAUCCCGGCUCAUUCCUGUCUGGUUUUCUGUCCCACCAAGAAGAACUGUGAGAACGUGGCAGGGAUGAUCUGCACGUACCUCAGAGAGGAGUUCCUGCAGCGGCGUCAGGAGGAGAAGUCGCUCCUCCUCCGGGAGCUGAGGGACAGCGGGAACGGCUCGCUGUGUCCGGUGCUCAGGAGGACGGUGCCGUACGGUUUGGCGUAUCACCACAGCGGGCUGACCUCGGAGGAGAGGAAGCUGGUGGAGGAGGCGUACUCCAACGGGGUGCUCUGUCUGCUCACCUGCACCUCCACCCUGGCUGCAGGGAUCAACCUACCUGCACGCAGGGUGAUCCUGCGCUCUCCGUACUUGGCCGCAGACUUCCUGAAGAGGAGUCAGUACAAACAGAUGGUGGGCCGGGCGGGUCGAGCGGGGAUCGACACUGUGGGAGAGAGCAUCCUCAUCCUGCAGGAGAAAGAUAGAAACAUGGCUCAAACUCUGGUGUGCGCUCCGAUGGAGAACUGUUUCAGUAAACUGAUGCUGGACGAUGGGAAAGGCCUCCUCAGCCUCAUCCUGUCUCUGAUUGGAUUAAAUAUCACGUCGUCGUGUGAGCAGGUGAGGGAGUUCCUGUGUGGCACGCUGCUGUUCGUGCAGCAGGAGCAGCUGUGUGUGAGGAGGAGUCUGUGGGAGGAGGUGCAGACGUGUGUGGACCUCCUGAAGGAGAAAAAUCUCAUCAGUGUAUCUGCAGACGCUCAGACUCUGCAGGUCACCAGGCUGGGAAAGGCUACGUAUAAAGGCUCUGUAGAUCUGACCUACAGCGACAUCCUCUACAAAGACCUCUCUAAAGGUCUGGAGGGUCUGCUGCUCAACAGUUACCUGCACCUGGUCUACCUGGUGACUCCGUACGACAUGAUCUCUCAGUGCAAACCCGACUGGAUGACCUACUUCCGACAGUUCACUCGGCUGUCGGCUUCAGAGCAGAAAAUCUCUGCAGCCGUCGGAGUGCCCGAGAGUUUUGUGGCCAGAAAAGCUGCAGGACAGACGGUGAAGAAGAACUGUGACAUGGAGGUGGUGAGCAGGAUGUACCUCGCUCUCGUCCUCCUCUCUCUCCUGAAGGAGACGAAUCUCUGGAGCGUCUCUGAGCGCUUCCAGCUGAGCCGAGGAUUCAUCCAGACGCUGCUCAGCUCCUCGUCGGCCUUCUGCUCCUGCGUGCUGCACUUCACCGAGGAACUGGAGGAGCUCUGGCCGUUCAGAGCUCUGCUCAUGGAGUUGACGAGGAGGCUGAGUUACUGCGUGCGGGCUGAACUCAUCCCUCUGAUGGAGGUGGUUGGAGUCAUGGAGUCUCGAGCGAAGCAACUUUACAACGCCGGUUAUAAAACGCUGACCCACCUGGCGAACGCCGACCCAGCAGUUCUCUGCAGGUCGAUAGAAAACCUGUCCAAGAAACAAGCCAAUCAGAUCGUAGCGUCUGCCAAGAUGCUGCUGAAUGAGAAAGCUUCAGCACUGCAGGAGGAGGUCGACGACCUGCUGAUGCUGCCCGCUGACUUGCCCCAAGCGCCAAACUCUCAACAUUUAAGUUAAUUCAUCACGGAGGAGUUUUAUUCUCUUUGUACACGCUGAGUUUUAUUCUGUCUUUUGUUUGAUUCGAUUAAAAUAAUGUGCAAGAAGGA